UUGGUAACGUCCGUCGGCACGAUGCUUAUGUUACUCAUUGGAAAGAUGCAGCGGUAUGAUGAACAGUGCGGCGAGCGGAAUAAUGCGCGUGCUGUGCGUCAGUGCGCUGCAGGAGAGCUGAACGGGGGGAGUGGCCGCGUUCUCAGUCUGAGUGCUGCGGGACCAGCUUGGACUCCUCAGGAGGAAGAGCUGCACGUGGAGGAUGAGGGAUUUGAAGAUGUGGAGGACAGGGACCCAACGGCCCAUCAUCCCGCUCCUCCAUCAGGCAGUGAGGAUGUGAGGUUGGUGAAUGGAGGCAGCCCCUGUGCUGGGAGAGUGGAGGUUUACCAUCAGGAAGAGUGGGGGACAGUGUGUGAUGAUAGUUGGGAUAUGACAGAUGCUGGGGUGGUGUGUAGACAGCUGGGCUGUGGAGAUGCUGAAGCACCAGGACUUGCUCGCUUUGGCCCAGGGUCUGGGAACAUAUGGAUGGAUGAAGUGUCCUGCGAGGGAUCAGAAUCCACACUGAAGCAGUGUCACUCACCAGGAUGGGGUGAACAGGACUGCAGUCAUGCAGAGGAUGCUGGAGUGAUCUGCUCAGCCCAUCGUAAGGUCAGGCUGGUCGGCGGGUCUGACCUGUGCUCUGGGAGAGUAGAGAUGUAUCAUGGGAGCUCCUGGGGCACGGUGUGUGAUGCUGACUUUGACCAGUGGGACGCAGAGGUUGUGUGCAGGGAGCUGGACUGUGGAGUUCCUAAAGAGCUGCGGGGGGCAGCUGCGUUUGGCCAGGGGGAGGGCCAGGUGUGGGCAGAGGAGAUUCAGUGUUCAGGCAAGGAAUCUCACAUUUGCUUCUGUCCCAAAGCACCCUCACAGAAUCAACCCUGCUCCCAUGGAAACGAUGUGGGACUGGUGUGUUCUGGCAGUGAGGAUGUGAGGCUGGUGAAUGGAGGCAGCCCCUGUGCUGGGAGAGUGGAGGUUUACCAUCAGGGAGAGUGGGGGACAGUGUGUAGUUCUCGCUGGGAUAUGACACAUGCUGGGGUGGUGUGUAGACAGCUGGGCUGUGGAGAUGCUGUAGCAGCACCAGGAGAUGCUCACUUUGGCCCAGGGUCUGGGAGAAUAUGGAUGGAUAAGGUGUCCUGCGGGGGAUCAGAAUCCACACUGAAGGAGUGUCGCUCACAAGGAUGGGGUGUACAUUACUGUAAUCAUCUACGUGAUGCUGGAGUGAUCUGCUCAGCCCAUCGUAAGGUCAGGCUGGUGGGCGGGUCUGACCUGUGCUCUGGGAGAGUAGAGGUGCAGCAUGGGAGCUCCUGGGGCACGGUGUGUGAUGCUGACUUUGACCAGCAGGACGCAGAGGUUGUGUGCAGGGAGCUGGGCUGUGGAGUUCCUAAAGAGCUGCGGGGGGCAGCUGCGUUUGGCCAGGGGAAGGGCCAGGUGUGGGCAGAGGAGAUUCAGUGUUCAGGCAACGAAUCUCACAUUUGCUUCUGUCCCAAAGCACCCUCACAGAAUCAACCCUGCUCCCAUGGAAACGAUGUGGGACUAGUGUGUUCUGGCAGUGAGGAUGUGAGGCUGGUGAAUGGAGGCAGCCCAUGUGCUGGGAGAGUGGAGGUUUACCAUCAGGGAGAGUGGGGGACGGUGUGUGAAGAUAACUGGGAUAUGACAGAUGCUGGGGUGGUGUGUAGACAGCUGGGCUGUGGAGAUGCUGUAGAAGCACCAGGGAAUGCUCACUUUGGCCCAGGGUCUGGGAGAAUAUGGAUGGAUGAUGUGUCCUGCGGGGGAUCAGAAUCCACGCUGAAGGAGUGUCGCUCAGCAGGAUGGGGUAAACAUAACUGUCAUCAUGGAUGGGAUGCUGGAGUGAUCUGCUCAGCCCAUCGUGAGGUCAGGCUGGUGGGCGGGUCUGACCUGUGCUCUGGGAGAGUAGAGAUGUAUCAUGGGAGCUCCUGGGGCUCGGUGUGUGAUGCUGACUUUGACCAGCGGGAUGCAGAGGUUGUGUGCAGGGAGCUGGGCUGUGGAGUUCCUAAAGAGCUGCGGGGGGCAGCUGCGUUUGGCCAGGGGGAGGGCCAGGUGUGGGCAGAGGAGAUUCAGUGUUCAGGCAACGAAUCUCACAUUUACUUCUGUCCCAAAGCACCCUCACAGAAUCAAUCCUGCUCCCAUGGAAACGAUGUGGGACUGGUGUGUUCUGGCAGUGAGGAUGUGAGGCUGGUGAAUGGAGGCAGCCCCUGUGCUGGGAGAGUGGAGGUUUAUCAUCAGGGAGAGUGGGGGACAGUGUGUAGUUAUCAGUGGGAUAUGACAGAUGCUGGGGUGGUGUGUAGACAGCUGGGCUGUGGAGAUGCUGUAGAAGCACCAUACUAUGGUCUCUUUGGCCCAGGGUCUGGGACAAUAUGGAUGAGUCAUGUGUCCUGCAGGGGAUCAGAAUCCACAUUGAAGAAGUGUCGCUCACAAGGAUGGGGUAUAGAUAGCUGUCAUCAUGGAUGGGAUGCUGGAGUGAUCUGCUCAGCUCCAGCCCCUCGAAAGGUCAGGCUGGUGGGCGGGGCUGACCUGUGCUCUGGGAGAGUAGAGAUGCAUCAUGGGAGCUCCUGGGGCACGGUGUGUGAUGCUGACUUUGACCAGCGGGACGCAGAGGUUGUGUGCAGGGAGCUGGGCUGUGGAGUUCCUAAAGAGCUGCGGGGGGCAGCUGCGUUUGGCCAGGGGGAGGGCCAGGUGUGGGCAGAGGAGAUUCAGUGUUCAGGCAACGAAUCUCAGAUUUACUUCUGUCCCAGAGCACCCUCACAGAAUCAACCCUGCUCCCAUGGAAACGAUGUGGGACUGGUGUGUUCUGGCAGUGAGGAUGUGAGGCUGGUGAAUGGAGGCAGCCCCUGUGCUGGAAGAGUGGAGGUUUACCAUCAGGGAGAGUGGGGGACAGUGUGUAGUUCUCGCUGGGAUAUGACACAUGCUGGGGUGGUGUGUAGACAGCUGGGCUGUGGAGAUGCUGUAGCAGCACCAGGAGAUGCUCACUUUGGCCCAGGGUCUGGGAGAAUAUGGAUGGAUAAGGUGUCCUGCGGGGGAUCAGAAUCCACACUGAAGGAGUGUCCCUCACUAGGGUGGGGUAAACAUGACUGUUAUCAUGGACAAGAUGCUGGAGUGAUGUGCUCAGCCCAUCGUAAGGUCAGGCUGGUGGGCGGGGCUGACCUGUGCUCUGGGAGAGUAGAGAUGCAUCAUGGGAGCUCCUGGAGCACGGUGUGUGAUGCUAACUUUGACCAGCGGGACGCAGAGGUUGUGUGCAGGGAGCUGGGCUGUGGAGUUCCUAAAGAGCUGUGGGGGGCAGCUGCGUUUGGCCAGGGGGAGGGCCAGGUGUGGGCAGAGGAGAUUCAGUGUUCAGGCAACGAAUCUCACAUUUACUUCUGUCCCAAAGCACCCUCACAGAAUCAACCCUGCUCCCAUGGAAACGAUGUGGGACUAGUGUGUUCUGGCAGUGAGGAUGUGAGGCUGGUGAAUGGAGGCAGCCCCUGUGCUGGGAGAGUGGAGGUUUACCAUCAGGGAGAGUGGGGGACAGUGUGUGGUGAUCGCUGGGAUAUGACAGAUGCUGGGGUGGUGUGUAGACAGCUGGAAUGUGGAGAUGCUGUAGAAGCACCAGGAGAUGCUCGCUUUGGCCCAGGGUCUGGGACAAUAUGGAUGAGUGAUGUGUCCUGCAGGGGAUCAGAAUCCACAUUGAAGAAGUGUCGCUCACUAGGAUGGGGUAUACAUGGCUGUCAUCAUGGAAAGGAUGCUGGAGUGAUCUGCUCAGCCCAUCGUAAGGUCAGGCUGGUGGGCGGGUCUGACCUGUGCUCUGGGAGAGUAGAGGUGCAGCAUGGGAGCUCCUGGGGCACGGUGUGUGAUGCUGACUUUGACCAGCGGGACGCAGAGGUUGUGUGCAGGGAGCUGGGCUGUGGAGUUCCUAAAGAGCUGCGGGGGGUAGCUGCGUUUGGCCAGGGGAAGGGCCAGGUGUGGGCAGAGGAGAUUCAGUGUUCAGGCAACGAAUCUCACAUUUGCUUCUGUCCCAAAGCACCCUCACAGAAUCAACCCUGCUCCCAUGGAAACGAUGUGGGUCUAGUGUGUUCUGGGUACACUGAGUCCAGGCUGGCUGACGGCCCUGAUAACUGCUCUGGUCGAGUGGAGCUGCAGCACCUGGGUAACUGGGGGACAGUGUGUGAUGCAUGCUGGGACAGGAGAGCCUCCAAUGUCCUCUGUCAGCAGCUGAAGUGUGGGACUGCAGUGGCAGUGCCAGGACAGGCCUGGUUUGGAGAGGGGAGUUGGCCAAUCAGAGCCGAUGUGUUUGAUUGCCAUGGGAACGAGACACGCCUCUCACAGUGUGCUGUUUCCUCAUGGAGCCGAGCUGUGCUCUCACAUGGACUGGAUGCUGGAGUCAUCUGCUCUGGCUCUGCCCUCUCAGCUCUGGACGGGACGGUGCGGCUGGCUGGAGAGGGUGCGUGUGAGGGCCAGGUGGAGGUGUACUACCAGCAGACCUGGAGCAGAGUGGGGGGGUCCUGGAGCUUCAGUGAGGCCUCGGUGGCCUGCAGGCAGUUGGGCUGUGGCUCUGCAGUGCAGGUCUACAGCUCCUCUCCGUCUGGGACGGGGGGCAGUGGGGAGUGUCUGAUGGGGGUUCAGUGCUCCGGGAGAGAGGCUCACCUGGGGAACUGCAGCACUCCACACAAACUCACCUGCAGCUCCAUGGAACAGGUGUCCAUCGUCUGUUCCAAUCACAGGACUCUCAGGCUGGUGGGGGGAGGGGGGGACUGUGCGGGACGGUUGGAGGUGUUCCACAGGGGCUCCUGGGGGACAGUUUGUGAUGACUCCUGGGACCUGGAGGAUGCUCAGGUGGUGUGCAGGCAGCUCCAGUGUGGGACGGCCCUCAGUGCCCCGCUACCCUCCUUCUUUGGGCCAGGAAAUGGACCUGUCUGGCUGAAUGAGGUGGGCUGUGUGGGGAACGAGACGUCCCUGUGGGACUGUCCCACAGCCGGAUGGGGACAAUCUGACUGUGGACACAAGGAGGACGUGGGGGUCGUGUGUUCAGAAUUCAAGGAGAUGAGACUGGCCGAGGGCUGUUCUGGGAAUUUGGAAGUUUUCUACAAUGGAACCUGGGGCAACGUGUGCUACAAUCAAAUGUCUAGAGACACGGCUACUGUCAUAUGUCAGGAGCUGAACUGUGGGAAGAGCGGACUUGUGUCUAACACACGGUCAAGACUGGAAUCAGCUCCAAACUGGCUGGAUCAUUUCAAAUGUCGCCCACAUGACUCCACUCUGUGGCAGUGCCCAUCAAAGCCUUGGGGUGAGAAUACCUGCGGGCAAACCAGUGUGGCUUCUCUUACCUGCUCAGGGGAAGAGGAUGAUGAAGUUCCACGAAGCAAAUUGUCAUGUUCCUCAGCAGCAAAUCAGAGAGCUUGCCCAAGUCACUGGCCCAUCCGCCUGGUGGGGGGUGAAGGCGGGUGCUCUGGGAUGCUGGAGGUGUUCCACGAGGGCUCCUGGCGGAAGGUGUGUGGAGACUCCUGGGACGCGAUGGAUGUCCAGGUGGUGUGCAGACAGCUGGGCUGUGGGUCAGCAGGAAAGGCUCAUAGUAAUGCUACAUUUGGGAUGGGGAAGGACGACCCCUGGCUGACUGAGGUGAACUGCAGGGGCACUGAGAUGCACCUGUGGGACUGCCCACACCAGCACAGCCGCUGCCAACACCAGAACCAGGCUGGGGUCACCUGCACAGGCCCUUUAUAUGAGUCCAGCUCCGCUGCAGGUACUCCUGCAAUGACUACAAAACCAAAAGCACAGACAGUUGUGUCCAAACGGCCAGUGCCCCGAUUAAAGGAGGCUCUGCCCAGCCCGUGUAUCCCAGCAGUGGCCUUCCUGGUGAUGGGGGCGCUGUUGUUCCUGCUGCUGGCAGUGCUGGGUGUUCUGCUGUUCCAGAACAGAGCGCUGAAGAGAAGGGAGAACUUUCUGGCCCCCGAAAGUCCUCCAGCUCCCAGGGGGAUGGACUAUGAUGAUGUGGGGGAUCAGCAGCUUUUUCUUCAUUUUCCUUUCACUGGCCUGGCCAAUCGGUGCUCAGCUUUUCUUUACACAAUGACGUCAUUACUGUUCGACGGCGGUAAAGUUGAACAAGACUUCCGGGAAGGCUGUGAGUACAGCUCCGAGAAGCUAGUGUCAAAAUUUUAUGAAUUUUUUCAUUAUGUAUUUUGCAACGAUACAAGUAAUCGAUGUCCACUGAUCCCGCGCUGCAGGAGAGCUGAACGGGGGAGUGGCCGCGUUCUCAGUUUGAGUGCUGCGGGACCAGCUUGGACUCCUCACGAGGAAGAGCUGCACGUGGAGGAUGAGGGAUUUGAAGAUGUGGAGGACAGGGACCCAACGGCCCAUCAUCCUGCAGCACCAUCAGGCAGUGAGGAUGUGAGGCUGGUGAAUGGAGGCAGCCCCUGUGCUGGGAGAGUGGAGGUUUACCAUCAGGGAGAGUGGGGGACAGUGUGUCAUUUUGGCUGGGAUAUGACAGAUAAAGGGGUGGUGUGUAGACAGCUGGGCUGUGGAGAUGCUGUAGAAGCACCAGGAUAUGCUCGUUUUGGCCCAGGGUCUGGGAACAUAUGGAUGGCUGAUGUGUCCUGCGGGGGAUCAGAAUCCACACUGAAGGAGUGUCCCUCACUAGGGUGGGGUAAACAUGACUGUUAUCAUGGACAAGAUGCUGGAGUGAUGUGCUCAGGCAACGUCAGGCUGGUGGGCGGGGCUGACCUGUGCUCUGGGAGAGUAGAGGUGCAUCAUGGGAGCUCCUGGGGCACGGUGUGUGAUGCUGACUUUGACCAGCGGGACGCAGAGGUUGUGUGCAGGGAGCUGGGCUGUGGAGUUCCUAAAGAGCUGCGGGGGGCAGCUGCGUUUGGCCAGGGGGAGGGCCAGGUGUGGGCAGAGGAGAUUCAGUGUUCAGGCAACGAAUCUCGCAUUUACUUCUGUCCUAAAGCACCCUCACAGAAUCAAUCCUGCUCCCAUGGAAACAAUGUGGGACUAGUGUGUUCUGGUAAGAGUCAUUUGUAUACUGUGUGUUUCAGUGACACUGGGUUAAUAUACACACCAUAUUGCAUGCAUGCGUGUGUGUUUGUGUGUGUCUGUGUGCAUUUGUGCAUGUCUAUGUAUGUGUGUUUUGUACUUGUGUAUUCUGUUAGCCUCUUCCCUAAGUCUCCUUCAUUAUCUCAGUGUUGGUCAGAUGCUAACCCCACUGUGCUGUGUGUAGGGUACACUGAGUCCAGGCUGGCUGACGGCCCUGAUAACUGCUCUGGUCGAGUGGAGCUGCAGUACCUGAGUAAAUGGGGGACAGUGUGUGACGCAUGCUGGGACAGGAGAGCCUCCAAUGUCCUCUGUCAGCAGCUGAAGUGUGGGACUGCAGUGGCAGUGCCAGGACAGGCCUGGUUUGGAGAGGGGAGUGAGCCAAUCAGAGCCGAUGUGUUUGAUUGCCAUGGGAACGAGACACGCCUCUCACAGUGUGCUGUUUCCUCAUGGAGCCGAGCUGUGCUCUCACAUGGACAGGAUGCUGGAGUCAUCUGCUCUGGCUCUGCCCUCUCAGCUCUGGACGGGAUGGUGCGGCUGGCUGGAGAGGGUGCGUGUGAGGGCCAGGUGGAGGUGUACUACCAGCAGACCUGGAGCAGAGUGGGGGGGCCCUGGAGCUUCAGUGAGGCCUCAGUGGCCUGCAGGCAGCUGGGCUGUGGCUCUGCAGUGCAGGUCUACAGCUCCUCUCCGUCUGGGACGGGGGGCAGUGGGGAGUGUCUGAUGGGGGUUCAGUGCUCCGGUAGAGAGGCUCACCUGGGGAACUGCAGCACUCCACACAAACUCACCUGCAGCUCCAGGGAACAGGUGUCCAUCGUCUGUUCCAAUCACAGGUCUCUCAGGCUGGUGGGGGGAGGGGGGGACUGUGCGGGACGGUUGGAGGUGUUCCACAGGGGCUUCUGGGGGACAGUUUGUGAUGACUCCUGGGACCUGGAGGAUGCUCAGGUGGUGUGCAGGCAGCUCCAGUGUGGGAUGGCCCUCAGUGCCCCGUUACCCUCCUUCUUUGGGCCAGGAAAUGGACCUGUCUGGCUGGAUGAGGUGGGCUGUGUGGGGAACGAGACGUCCCUGUGGGACUGUCCCACAGCCGGAUGGGGACAAUCUGACUGUGGACACAAGGAGGACGUGGGGGUUGUGUGUUCAGAAUUCAAGGAGAUGAGACUGACCGAGGGCUGUUCUGGGAAUUUGGAAGUUUUCUACAAUGGUACCUGGGGCAACAUGUGCUUCAGUAAAAUGACUACAGAUACGGCUACUCUCAUAUGUCAGGAGCUGAACUGUGGGAAGAGCGGAUUUGUGUCUAAAACACAGUCAAGACUGGAAUCAGCUCCAAACUGGCUGGAUCAUUUCAGAUGUCGCCCACAUGACUCCACUCUGUGGCAGUGCCCAUCAAAGCCUUGGGGUGAGAAUACCUGCGGGAAAACCAGCGUGGCUUCGCUUACCUGCACAGGGGAAGAGGAUGACCAAAUUCCACGAACCAAACUGUCAUGUUCCUCAGCAGCAAAUCAGAGAGCUUGCACAAGUCACUGGCCCCUCCGGCUGGUGGGGGGUGAAGGCGGGUGCUCUGGGAGGCUGGAGGUGUUCCACGGGGGCUCCUGGCGGACGGUGUGUGGAGACUCCUGGGACACGAUGGACGUCCAGGUGGUGUGCAGACAGCUGGGCUGUGGGUCAGCAGCAAAGGCUCAUGGUAAUGCUACUUUUGGGACGGGGAACAGCACCCUCUGGCUGACUGAGGUGAACUGCAGGGGCACUGAGAUGCACCUGUGGGACUGCCCACACUCUGUGCACCAGCACAGCCGCUGCCCACACCAGAACCAGGCUGGGGUCACCUGCACAGGCCCUUUAUCUGAGUCCAGCUCCGCUGCAGGUACUCCUGCAAUGACUACAAAACCAAAAUCACAGCCAGUUGUGUCCACACAGCCAGUGCCCCGAUUAAAGGAGGCUCCGCCCACCCCGUCUAUCCCAGCAGUGGCCUUCCUGGUGAUGGGGGCGCUGUUGUUCCUGCUGCUGGCAGUGCUGGGUGUUCUGCUGUUCCAGAACAGAGCGCUGAAGAGAGCCCUGUCUGAAUGGGACAACGCCCCUCUGCACGAAGCCGUCUACGAGGAGAUCGAGUACAAACUGGCUGGAGGGGGAACCUACAGCGCCCCUCGGCGGGGGAGUGGCCUAUCAGAGGAUCCGCCCUCUGGGUAUGAAGACGUGGAGGAAGGCGAGGGACACUCCCUCUCAGGGGACCUGGUGAUGGAGGUCACGCCGGAGAACUAUGAUGAUGUCAGCACAGCAGAUAAGCAUCCAGACAGUGUGGCAGGGGAGCUGGUGGAGGGAGAUGCACCAGAGCACUAUGAUGAUGUCAUCACUAUGCAGCCGGGCCCAGAUGCUUUUCCAGGGGAUCAUGUGACAGACACAGAGGAGAAUUAUGAUGAUGCCGUGACUGUGGACUGGAUUUAAGUGGGGGAGAGCGUUCUGGCUGAAACCCCUCCAGCUCCCAGUGGGAUGGACUAUGAUGAUGUGGGGGAGGAGCCUCCUGAAAGAGGAGGAGCACUGUGAGAUUGACAGUUCUAACUUUGGAAGUGUCCACCCACAAGUUUGGAUAGAAGAACUUACAUGGAUGCCUUUAUCCUACACAUCUCAAGCAAAAUGUUUCAAUGUGAUAAAACCAUAUCGCACUAGAUCAGCUAUUCAUGAAUUAAUAAUUUACCUGAAAUUAUUUACUGUAGACUCCUUAGCUCAUUGGAAAUGCUGGUAUACACUACGCUUGUAUACACUGGGUAUAAUAGCUUGCAUUAAUUGACACAGUGAGUAAAUUACUUCUGCUGACCAAAAUGAUAAUGUGAUUGCAGCUCAAACUACAUCAAGUCAGUACAAGCCCCUUAAAUAUGAAAUUAAUGGAUCAAAAUUUUUGGAAUGUAAAAAUGGAAACUGUGCUUUUAGCCUGUGUAAGCUUUUGCUUUAGAUUUGUUUGUAUUUACAUCAAACCCUUUCAGUUUUGGCUGCUGUGUUUAUCAUGUGCAGGUCAGAGCUGUCCAUGUCGGCUCUCUGUGAUUGACGCAUGGAAGGGUUAUCAGCCAGACGGAAACUAUUCAAAACUAUUUCAGUAUUACUCAUUUCAUACUGCUUUCAUUACUACUCUGUUUAAAUAGAACAUAACAUUUUUCUGUGCACAUUUAAAAAUCUGUAGCCAAUGGUAAAAAAAUUUUUACUAAAUUUUGAUAUAUAGUUUUUGAUAUUUGGAUGCUAUAUCUUGGAGAAUUACACUUCUUUUGAUAGAAAAGAUUUUAUAAAAAUGAAAUAUUACAUUUUGCUAAAAUGCUCACAACAUAUUUCCUAGCCUUCUUAAGCAAUACCAGUAGUUUUAACAGCUGCGUGUCAAUAAGAUAUUUU